AAAUUAUUGAUUGCAUGUAGGUUAGAUAGCAGCAAUCAUGCCAAUAGCGAUGUCCAAGGAGGAGUGGGCCCGCCUCUCGCGCUGGGCGGGCGAUCGGGAAGACCCGCAGGUGAUGCGGCGGCGGGAGUGCGUGCAGUACAUGAACAAGAUGAGCCAGCAGAUGACCAAGUCUUGGCCUAAUUCUUUGGAGAACGUGAACAAGCGCAAUGAAGAGUUGCGACGCGCGCGCGUGGCGGCGGCGGAGCAGGCCAACUCACAGUUCUACGCGCGCUACGUGCGGCGCCAUCAGGCGGAGCAGCGCCGGCUCAUGUUCAACGCGCGGGACUCCUUCUUCAAGAACAAGGACGCGCCCAAGCUGUUGCUGAGCGCCGUUAAAGAGACGGUAACACAAAAAGAACGCAAGGAGCAAGUGAAGUUCAACAACGAGCUAAAGCAACAAGCUGCCGAGAAAAAGAAACGUGACGAUGAGGAGGUUUUAAAGAACGCUAAGGAAUGGCACGCAUUGAUGGAACUACGGGAGAAGACGCGGUUCGAGGUCAACAAAAAACAUCAGCUGGAGGUUUUAGAUCAAGCGCACGAAGUAUCUGAACGUAAACGUGCGGAAUAUGAAAUGGAACUGAACAUGCAGAAGAUUGACAAUAUCAAAGCGCAGGAGCAGAUGGAUACGCUGCGAGAAUUCGAUGAGGAAUACAGAAAGAAUGAAAGGGACAACAUCUUUGCCGAUAUGGUUCGCGCCAAACAGGAAGCGGAACAAAGACGUGCGGAGCAAGAAGCCAGAGAGAAGAUGGACGAUCGUCUUAUAGAAGUGCUGCAGCGAUCGCGAGCGCGGAUUGAAAGUAAAAGACGACAGACUGAAAAACAGAUACAAAAGGAGAAACAGGAUGUGCUGGACAAGAUAAGUCAGAGGCUGGAAUCUGGUGACGAGGCUCGCGAUGCUAAAGAACAACAGAUAUUGGACAAGGCUAUCAAAGAAAAGGAAGCUAUAAUGGAUGCUCGUCGCCAGGCCGAGCUUCGUAAGAAGGAGCAGUUCAAACAAGAGCGUAUUGAUAUUAGGAAUCAGUUCCUGGAGCAAGAGAAACAGCGCCUGUAUGAAAUGAAUGUCAUGCACCAGUGGGAGAUCAUGAACAGAUUUAAGAACGAUGAGCUGUAUGCAGAUUAUCAAAAAAAGCUGCGAGAAGAGAAGAAGCAAAAGAUACAGGAGUACCGAGACGACAUUGUUAAACUAUGGCGCGAGCGGGAGGCGUGCGAGGCGCGCGAGCGCGCGGAGACGAGGUGGUUCUAUGGCUCGCUGGCCGAGCGCAAGCUGCGCGCCGCGGACAACAAGCUCCUCGCGCACGGCGCGCUGCUGCUGCAGGAGGCCGCCCGGCACGCGCGCCCCGAUCGCGCGCUCCGGCAAGCGCUUGAUCGUUAUUGCAAGCUAUACCGCUUGUAUCCCAUGCCAGAUCUACCCUCAUCAAUGCAAGAACAUUUCAAGCAGUAUGCUCCACAAGACUUGUCACAACCUGACCCGAACUAUGAGUAUCCAAAGCCUCCUGUUACAUCUAUUGAUGAGGAUUUGGAAGAGGGGAAACGAGUUGGACUGCAGGAUCCUGUGCUAGGCCCCGCCAAACUCCCUGCGCCCUCUAACAAGGAGCCAGAAGACUACAAGAGGGCGGGGCCUGCUAACGGCUUGCAGUGGCGAAACGCUCAGCAUGACCUCACAUUGCCGCCUAUCACUGUGCGACAAUGCGAAACUCUGCAAUGCAACUGCGAAAAGAAGAAGAAAUGAAACCACAGCCUUACAAAAUAAUUGUUUAUUCUCAUCUCAACUUUAGAAUGUUUUGUCUGUUUUACAUGUUUUAUGGCACCAGUAUGUUAUGCGAACCCAGCCAGCUGUAGGCCUAUUUUAUGUCAUAACUGAGAGAUAAAAAAAAUACUGCUUUUAUAUAUGGUAGGGUCACAUAAGUGUUACGAUAAUAUUUUACGUAAAUAAUAGGAAGCAAACACUAUCGAAUAACAAUAAUUAUUGUUUCGAUUGUUUGUUGCUCCUAAAUUAUUUGACAGUUUACAUGUGAAAUUAAGUUUCCCGACCUUUUAAUUUUAAUUCUACAGCUAGUGGGGGCGCAUAUAAGAUUUUUGUGACUAGAGAUAACAAUGUGAUGUAUAUUUAUAUUAACUUUUUUGUACAAAUUUUAUCUUGUAUACAGCAAAAUCGUUGGGAGUGUGAAACUUAAAAUAAAACUUAACAAUUAAUUUUGAACUAAGCCUAGCUUAUUCGAAUCUUUGGUCACAUUGAGUGUAGAUGGUCUGAGCGGUGGAUUAAUUAAAUAUAAGUGCGAGACUACACUAACGACUGGUUUCGACAAAAAAGUCGCGUCACCCAUUUUGGCCGUUUUUCUGACGAUCAAGUCACACACACUCGUAGAUGCAUUUAAUUAAAGUCACACUUGUCAGUUCUUGCAUUAGGUGUCUAAUUUGACGUCACAAAAUAUAAGUUGUGCGUUGUGAUGUAAGUUUGAUGUCAAAGCUCAAACAUUUUGCACGAUGAAGACGAUGUGUGAACCUCACAUCGUAUGGCAAUAAGUAUAAGUUUGUUGGAAAUGAUUUUGGAAAUAAACAAUUUUAGCAAUUU